GCGGGGCCGCGCAGGCGCCGUGAGCGGCGGGAGCGGCGGCGGCGGCGGUGGUAGCGGCAGCAGCUGUAAGGGGGUUCCGGGAAGAUGGUGCUGAUUAAGGAAUUCCGUGUGGUUUUGCCCUGUUCUGUUCAGGAGUAUCAGGUUGGGCAGCUUUACUCUGUUGCAGAAGCUAGUAAGAAUGAGACUGGUGGUGGAGAAGGAAUUGAAGUCUUAAAGAAUGAACCUUAUGAGAAGGAUGGAGAAAAGGGACAGUACACACACAAAAUUUAUCACCUUAAGAGCAAAGUUCCUGCAUUCGUGAGGAUGAUUGCUCCUGAGGGCUCCUUGGUAUUUCACGAGAAAGCCUGGAACGCAUAUCCCUACUGUAGAACAAUUGUAACGAAUGAAUAUAUGAAAGAUGAUUUCUUCAUUAAAAUUGAAACAUGGCACAAACCAGACUUGGGAACAUUAGAAAAUGUACAUGGGUUAGAUCCAAAUACAUGGAAAACUGUUGAAAUUGUCCACAUAGAUAUUGCAGAUCAAAGUCAAGUUGAACCAUCAGACUACAAAGCUGAUGAAGACCCAGCACUAUUCCAGUCAGUCAAGACCAAGAGAGGCCCUUUGGGACCCAACUGGAAGAAAGAGCUGGCCGGCAACCCUGACUGUCCUCAGAUGUGUGCCUAUAAGCUGGUGACCAUCAAAUUCAAGUGGUGGGGGCUGCAGAGCAAAGUAGAAAACUUCAUUCAGAAGCAAGAAAAAAGGAUAUUUACAAACUUUCAUCGCCAGCUUUUUUGUUGGAUUGACAAGUGGAUCGAUCUGACAAUGGAAGAUAUUAGGCGAAUGGAAGACGAAACUCAGAAAGAACUAGAAACGAUGCGUAAGAAGGGUUCCGUCCGAGGCACGUCGGCUGCUGAUGUCUAGAUGAGUCCCCUGUAGGGUCAGAGACAAUAUCAAACUGUUUACGUAAUCAAGGCCAAGUGAGGGGAACAAGUGCAGCCAGUGACGAGUGAAGAAGAAUCUGACCAGGAUCUUGCGGUGUUGGCCUUUCCUAAACAUGUGCUUAUGAUCAUGUGCUCACGUGCACAGGUUCCCGACCACGUGUAUAUAUAUGUUCGUGUGUGUAUGUCUGUAGCUGUAUAUAAAACGCAUGUAGAGCCACAGACCUAAAUACAUACACUUGUGUAUAUAUGUACAUAUAAACAUACUGAAGGGAUUAAUACAAUUUCUCCAAAGUACUGUACCUAUCUUCAGCAAGAAUGCAAAAGAAAAUAUUUUCAAUAUAUAUAGCUGAAACAGAUUUUAAUCAGAGUAAUACCAUUCAUUAAUGGACAAAUUGACUGCGAUGUAAUACUAGUUGGUAUGUUUCAUAAAUGUCAGAAUUGUGGACCAAUAUAUAUAUAUAUAUAUAUAUACACACACACACAUAUAUAUACAUAUAUAAAAUAGCCUUUUAUUACUUUUCUGUUCUUUAAAAUCACUCUCUUAACAAAUUUUUAUUUUAGUCUCAUAAGCAAAGGCUCCCACAGAAAAAUGUAUUCAGAAUCUUUUAGUAUUCCAACGAAUCUGGAAUGUAAACUCUGAGCGUGUAUGUAACAACUUGUUUCUGGAUGGGCGUUACAGCCAAAUUGGGUCAUAUCCAUUAGUCAGGAGUAAAGUUAUAGUCCAGUUGUUACUUGUUUGCCCUGAGGGACAAAAUCCUUUUUUUAAAAAAAAAAUCCGGUUUUUAUUGGAUUUUUGUAUUUUAAAUUUCAAGUAUUUUUCUACAUCAGACAUAGCAAAAAAAUGCAGAUGAUGACUUUGUGCUGUAGAAUAAAUGUUACACAAUUUUCAGGCUCCUGUUAGGCAAACAAAGAAAUCGAUGGGGAAAUUAAUAGCAUUGUAAGCUGUUUAGAAAAAUUGGAAGUACAGUGCUUCCACGGAGUCUUGCUUAGAAAAGACUGUCUUCUGAAAUUACAACUUGGAAACUAUGCAAAUGAUCUGGAUUCCUCACAGCUUACACGAUAGACUAUAGAUAACGAUGUUGUUUUGCUCUUUUCACGCUGAAGCAGUUUUAAGGAGGAGAUGCUGACUUCGAAAUAGGAGAAAUUUAAGAGGCAGCAUGAGGUUUGCCUGCACAGGGUUAGGAGGCCCCAUGGAGGGGCCGGUGCACCUCCACCCACUCGCCUGUGUUCGGGACUCGGGUGGCAUUAGAACACAGCCCGGAUGAAUAGGCACCGGGGAAAAACGCUGGUUAGAGGUUAGAAGCCGCUGCCACCGGUUUGUUUGAAAGAAGAGACCGAACGCUAGGGAAGGAUUUCAUCAGCUUUCUCUGUCCACAUCCAGUUUUUCUCCUUUCGGUCCUGGAAGCUUGAAUGGAAUGAUCUCGUUGAAGCCUUCAGGUCACAAACUGUCUUCUCGAACCUCCGUCCCUCCUUCAACACACCCGCCCCUGUGGUCACGUCACAUUAGUAACCUGAUUUGCUGACAGCCCUGCCCCCACUCCUCUUUUUCCCACGUGUCCUGUGCUGCUGCGGAAGUGUAGUGACUCAGACGAGGGUGCUUCUGCGUUGCCACGCCCCGUUACCCUCGCUCGAAUACCAGCCCACGCUGCAUAUGUCCGCUGCGUACUCAGGAUCAAGACUGAUGUUUACUCUCUGAGCAAGCACUGUUGUAAAAUAGGUUCUGUCAACAUAUAAUCAUUGUCUGCAAAGUGUUUGAUGCGAGGAAGAUGAUUGCUAAUUUCCUGGAAUAAAGAGUCUUAUCCUCUCCUCUUAAUGAACUUAACUCUCCCUGGCAUCUGCAGCAGCUUUGGGAGCCUGGGCGCACAUGGCAACGAGAGCCCUGCGCGUGGGUUUUAAUGUUUCUCUAACAACUGUGGAGAUUUGAGGGAAUAUGUGGUGAAUGUAAAAUACCUAGUUUACUUGGCAGUCUCUUGUGUAAAUUACAGUAAAACAAAGUAAAUGAAAUUUAAACAAAAAAUAAAUUUGAUCACAAAAUGCCA